AUGAAACCAGAGUCAUUAAGUUUGGAACAGACUGAGCAAAGUGCCGAGCCAUCCAGAGACCAUUUUUAUGGCCAAAAAAAUAAUAGUUGUGAAUUUCAAGGAUUUACAAAAGAUAUAGAAAAUGAAGGAAAAUUAUGUGAUGAGUUAGAUGCUACAAGGGAUGACAGUGAGAUUGAUGAAACAAUCAUCUGCAAAAGAAACACCGAUUUAGAAAUUAAUGAUGUAAAAAUUAAUAAUAUACAUGCAAACAAUAGACAAGAGAGCGAUAUAAAAAACGAAGGUGAUGCCAUGUAUAUUGCUGAACUGAUUCAUGUUGAGAAAGAUAACAACAACUUAAGUAAUGAUAAAAAAGAAGAGGAAGAUUCAGUUGAAAAUAAACAAAUUCAUCCCGAAACAAUCUGUGAUAACAACUAUAAAAAAAUGAAUGUGCAUAAUUUAAGAGACGAAAUAGCUGAUACAACCGAAGGCUCAAAAGAAAAGAAAGAAAAAAUAUUGGACGAAAAAAGAAAUGAUCAAAAUAUAAAUCAAGAGAGUAUCAUAAAUAAGACACAAUGUAAAGUUUCCCAUUCUGAGAAUGAUAGUAAUAAAGAUAGAGACAGAAAUAACAAUGGCUUUACAAAGUCAGGCAGCAAUAAUAGCAGUUGCAUAAAAAGUGAUAUGGAAAAAAAAUCGCGAACAAAUGCACCAAUGAAUAAACAAAAUAGUAAUAUAAAUUAUAAGAUGACAAGGUGGGAAAAAGAAAAUGAAAAAUUUAAAGAGUUAUAUAAAAAUGAUAAGCAUACUAAUAUAACUAUUUAUAAACGGAUAUAUCAGUCAUACAUUUUUUUAAAAAAAGAAUACAAUGAAUUAAUAAAUGAAAAUAGAAAAAAAUUAAGAACAAAUAAAAAACUAAAAUAUGAAUUAGAUAAUUUAAAAAAUGAUAAUUAUUAUUCAAAUUAUUUUUUAAAUAAUGAUUCAGAAAAUAUAUUAGAAGAUUUAGCUUCAGGAAUAAGUAACAUAUUUAAAUGGAUGGACAUCGAAAAUAAAAUAGGACAAAAAAAUUAUGACAAUGCUGUUAGUGUUUUUAAAAAGGGUAGCAAUAGCAUUGGAAGUGACUCGAAAAAUGUUAUUAAAACGGGUUUAGAGAAAAAGCAGAAUGUGAUUAAGACAGAUUUAGAGAAAAAGCAAGAUGAAAAUAGUGAACAAAAGAAGGAAGAGAUGCCAAAUAAAUCCAAUUUAAACGAAGAGUCAAAUAAAAAAUUACCAGAUGAGGAAUGUAAUAAAAUAGAUGAAAUUGAAAAGUGUGAAAAUCAAAUUACUUUGAAUAAUGAAAUAAUAAAAAAGGAAACGGAAGGAAAUACUAUUAAUAUUGAUUCAGUUGAGAUAAAGGAUAAAAAAGAUUUUUCUAUGGAUAUUGAAGGUAUAAAAAAAAAUGGAAUAUUAAAACUUGAGCUAAUUAAAAGUACUAUCAUUAACAAUUUAGUUCCAAACUAUAUUUAUAACGAUCUAAAUAAUGAACAUUCUACAAAUUUAAUUUCAAAAAAAAACAAAGUAGAACCUACACAAGAUGACAAAAUAACCAGUAUCGAUAAUGCUCAUAUAGAUAAUAUCACUUAUUCAAAUAAGGAAGAAGAAGAUAAUAUAAACAUAAUUAAUGGUGAGCAUUUAAAUUUACUAAAUCCUGAGUACCUUGUUGGAAACUUGUCAAAUAUUAUUAACAAUUUUAGAAACAGUAAAAAUGUAAAAGACGCAAAUAACAUCGAUGAAAAAAACGACUCUAAAGGUGAACAAAUGAAUGAAAUAGAUAAAUCUGAAAAUAAUAGACCUAUCGAAUAUUGUAACUCUAAUGAAAAAAAAGUUGGUCCCAAACCAUUUAUAAUUAAAGAAGGACAAAAUAAAAAUAGUUGCAAAUUGUCUAACAUUGUAAAUGAUAAUAAAAUUCAAAAGAAUUCAUUUUUAUGGGAAAAAGAAAAUAUAUUAAAAAAAAAAAAUAUAAAAUAUGCUAAGCAUGCUCCUAUAAAAAUCGAAAAAGGUGAACAAUAUUUUUUAAAAAACAAAAAUAAAGUUGAAAAAUUUGCAAUAACUAAUAAUAUAAAUAAUGAAAAUAUAAUAGAUUAUCUUAAAACGAAAUUAUAUAUAAAAAAUAAAAAUGAAAAGAUUGAAAAGGUCGGGACUAGAUAUUGUGAAAAUAUUCAUGGAGGUGGCAACAAAAUUAUAGAACAUAUUACUUUUAAAGAUAAUAAUACUUCAUAUAGAUAUGCAAACAAAGCUUGUCUUAAAAAUUAUAAUAAAAAAAAUCACACACAUAGUAACACAUUAAAUGAGCUGAGUUAUUGUAAAGAAGGAACAUAUUUUGUUAGCAAAAUAAUUGUGAAUAAUAAAAAUCGUAACAAUAAAGAUAUUGAAAAAGAGUCUAUUUUUCACAUAUCAAACUAUAAGGAAAAUAAAUAUACCCCCAUAAAUUUAAGUGUUUUUUUUCCCGUUGAUGAUAAAAAAAAAAGCAAUUUAGAUUCAGAACUUAGUAUAAAUCAUUUAAAAAAAAAUAUGCGUUUUAUUUUGAAAAAAGCAAAUAAAAAAAAAAAAAAAAAUCCACAAACUAAUACCAUUUCGACAGACCAAGUGAAUAACAACAUGACUAAUUCAGGUUUAGAAACAAAUGGGGCACCUGGGAUGAUACUUAAAAAUUUGAAUGUACCACAAAAAGAAAUAAAAAAGAAAAAGAAAUUAUACGACUUUAAAAAUAGUAAAGGAAAUGUAGAUGAAUGGAAAUAUUUCACAGGAAAACUAAAACGAAGGUUUAAUUUGAAUAUGCUAAAUAAAAAAAUAUUAAAAAAUAAAAGUAGAAAUAGAAAAAUAAGUAUUUACAAAAUGGAGGAAAGUAUAAACUACACCAUAAGUUCACAAAUAUUUAACAAUUUUUAUAAACACAUCAAACACUAUCCAAAAUGUAUAUAUCAACUUGUCAAGAAGCAAAAGACAACCACUACUAAUAACAAUUGUGAUAGCACACAAAAACAAAUAACAUAUUUAUGCUUAUUUAAAAGGUGUACAAAAGAAUCGUGGCAUUAUUACAAACUUUACAAUACGUAUUUUGUAAAAGAAAUGAAAAAAAAAACAAAAAAUGAAAUAAGGAAAGUCGAAAAUAAUGAGAAAACCGAACAAAUCGAAGUUAAUACAAACAAUAAAAAUGAAUUGUCUAAUAUAGAUAAAGAAUUGAACAAAAUUGAAGGUAAAGAAAAUGAAAAAACAAAUUUAGAAAAACAAAGUGAUGAAGAAGAAAAGGGAACAUUGGGUAGUCCCGAUGAGUCUACUGUUUUAGACAUCAAUGAUGAUAUGUUGGAAGAAUAUAUUUUCAAAGAAGCAGAAGCAGAAGCCGAACCAGUAUCAUCGACGGUAUCACCAAGUGUAUCCCCCGAAUUUACAGAGGCUCUAAAAAAGCAUGUAUUAUCACUUAACAUACUAGAUAGACAAAUAAACAAAAUCGAAUAUAAAAGUGAUAAUGAAGAUAUAAUAAUAAUAGGAGUUAAGAUAUAUUUAGGUGAUAAAUAUACAUUAUUAUUUGUUUACGCAUUAAACAGUAUUGAAUAUAGUGUAAAGAAAUGGAUUGAAAAUAAUAUAGAUCAAAUAAAAUUAUAUAUAAAAAAAUAUAAUUCAAAAAUUUUGAAAUUUUUUAAAACAUACUCUAUAAAUAUGUUUACUUUUUUUUGUAAUUUUUUAAGUAUUAUAGAAAAUUAUAUCCAAGAAUUCCCUUUUUAUUUUUCCAUUUCAUUUGAUGAUUUGAUAAUGGAAAGUUUAAUUUGUAUCUAA